UGGUGGCCACGAACAUCGCGGAGACGUCGGUGACCAUCGACGGCAUCGUCUACGUGCUCGACCCCGGCUUCUGCAAACAGAAGAGCUACAGCGCCAGGACCGGCAUGGAGUCACUCGUGGUCACCCCCUGCUCCAGGGCCUCGGCCAACCAGCGCGCAGGCCGCGCCGGCCGCGUGGCCCCCGGGAAGUGCUUCCGCCUGUACACGGCCUGGGCCUUCCAGCACGAGCUGGAGGAGACGCCCGUGCCCGAGAUCCAGCGCUGCGACCUGGGGUCCCUCGUGCUGCUGCUCAAGAGCCUCGGGAUCAACGACCUGAUUCACUUCGACUUCCUGGACCCCCCUCCGCACGAGACCCUGGUGCUGGCCCUGGAGCAGCUCUAUGCCCUGGGGGCCCUCAACCACCUGGGAGAGCUCACCACGCUGGGGCGCCGCAUGGCCGAGCUGCCCGUGGAGCCCAUGUUGGCCAAGAUGAUCCUGGCGUCCGAGCAGUGUGGCUGCACUGAGGAGGUGCUCACG